AUGGCUAGUCCGAGGACGCGUCGUCUUAUAAGAGAUCUCAGAAUGAUUAACGGAAAUAACUGUUGUUUCGAAUGUGGUGCAAGCAAUCCACAAUGGGCUAGUGUUACCUAUGGUAUUUGGUUGUGUUUAGAUUGUUCGGGGUUACAUCGUGGUCUGGGUGUUCAUGUUAGUUUUGUUCGAUCAGUCACAAUGGACAAAUGGAAAGAGAAUGAAUUAAACAAAAUGAAAGUAGGUGGCAAUAAGGUAGCCAAACAGUUUUUCGAGAGUCAACCCGAUUAUCGACCGGACUGGUCUCUACAAGAAAAAUACAAUUCAAGAGCAGCAGCAUUACUUCGUGACAAGAUAUUGACGAAAUCUGAGAAUCGGGAAUGGUCUGUGGAGACUUCAUCAGCGAAAAAUUAUUCGCCUUCUUUUCUUGGAGGAAAUGGCAGUUCAAUCCGCACUGGAAGCAGUAACAGUCUUUCUACCUUUUACGGUGGUAAUUUAAGGCCUGGCACGAAUGUUGAAAACUAUAAUGAUGAUAAUCGAUAUUCGGAAAUGAAUAAUCGUUAUCAGGGAUUUGGUAAUGUAAUUGAGAAAAAUAGCAAUCAAUCAACUGAGCUAUUGUCCGGUGCAGUGUCUUCAUUAUCGAUGGGUUGGAAUAUUAUAAGUAAAGGAGCUGUAAAUGCUGCAGGAUAUGCCAAGGAUUUUGGCGUUCAAGCAACUGCUAAAGCAUCAGAAUUAGGAGGAACUUUUUCAGAAAAGAUCCGUGAUGUCCCUUUAUUGAAUAAUGCAAAUCUUGGGAAUAUAGCGAGUAAGGCAACAGAAAUUGGUUCAAGAUCGUGGAAUGGUCUCUCAAGUUUCGUGAAAAGUCCUUCUCUGCCGGGCUUUGGUCUUCCUUUCGGCAAAACUGAUUAUGAAGAUUUGGCGAGUCCCACUUCUCAAGAAGGCCUAUCUAUUGGAUCAACUGUUUAUCAAGGAUACGAUAGCCAAAGUUAUAUUGAAGGAUCGUUUGUUGCAGCUGAUAAUAGUUUUCUCACAGCUGGCAACCAAAGUGAAGAAUCUGUAAAGCCUAUGUCAAGUAAAAAAAUUUCGAAAGCGAAAGCAGAUAAGAAGGAUCUUAAAUCGCCCCUAAUCGACUUGGACAUUGAUAAUAGUUCAACAUCUAAUGAGGACACAGCAUACAAUAAAGCGUCAAAAACAAAUACAGUGGCAGCGAAAUGCAAGAAGAGAGAUUGGGAUGAUGAUGCUUGGGAUUUACUAAACCAGUGA